AUGUCGUUUAACCAGUCUGCAGGAUCAUCCCCUCCAGGUUCUCACUCAGCGGAGAGUUUGGAGAACCAAUUGAGAGGAAUGAUUCUUACAAACAAUCGUGCUGUAAACCCCCGCCUAUCUGCACCAGUGCAGUCAUUUACACAAUUGCCGGGAUUUUCUCAUGAAACUCCAUUGCACCAACAGCGACAGUCUGUUCCUUUGUUUGGUAUGCUGCCAGGAAAUAUGGGCGGAUCUUUGCCCUAUUCUGACCAGUUUCCCUAUCCUACUACGUUACCUUCUGUAUAUCCAACGGGCUCAAAUGCCUUGCCUACUUUCCAUGGCUUACCACGUGGUUUCUUCUCUCCAGGGGAUUUCUCAAGUGCAUCUGCUCCCACGAAUUCUUUCCAAAACUAUCCAGGACAAUACCCAUCCCAACCACCACAACCACCAGGCUUGCAAGCCACAAAUUUAGCAUCACCUACUGGAUUACAUUUUCCGCCUGGUCAAUAUCCCGGACUUCAGUCUCAAAACUUAAAUAUGAACAUCUCGUCAAAUACCUCAGGUGAUUUAGGGAAUAUACCGCCUCAGAUGGGGCAGCAAUACAGACCGCAAACCCGACCACCACAGCAAAAUACCCCGCCGAGACAACGAAACCACCCCCCCCAAAUGACCGCGGGGCGGAAUAUUCGAAGUCCGCCUCGUGGACAGCGUGAGCAGGGUUUUAACAAAUCACAGAACGCACCCAGAGCUCUACCCUUGAAUGCGCUAGACCACUUUCCACCUCUGGGAACCCAACCUACUAAAGUAAAAACGCCUCCACCCAAUUAUUCUCAGCAGCAACAAUCAACAACAGCAAAACCCCAGCAGCGGGUGAAGCACAUGGACGAAGAAAUUUUCGUGAUUAUUAUAACCAGCGCCAACUACAGCGAGACAUUGGGCCAGAGGUAUGCCACCGGCUUCGCAACCGCCAAUUCCGAUCUCGACGUUAUCUUCACAGGCGGUGAUCGAGUCGAUAUUCUCAAUGAAAGUUCAGAUGAUCCAUCAUCUAACUUCAGAAUACCUAUGCUCCUCGAAUCAAAACUUCAAGAAGAAGGCUUCGGCACUACUCUACUUACAAAAACCCGUGUUCCAAUUCUCAAGCUUGUGCAGAAAGCUACUGAACAGAGCCCGUAUGAGCUGCAAUGCGACAUCGGUUUCAGCAAUCAUUUAGCUUUGUACAAUACCCAAAUGUUAUUGACAUACAGCAAAUGUGAUCCCAGGGUCAAAGAGAUGAUGAUAUUCAUUAAGUGGUGGGCUAAAAGACGCCAUAUAAAUAAUCCGUACCGAGGAACGCUAUCUUCAUAUGGUUACGCACUGAUAGUCCUUCAUUACCUGAUCAAUGUUGUUAAACCACCGGUUCUCCCGAACCUUCAAACUUUCCCAGUCCCUGAUAGUGCACCAACAAACGAGAUAAUAUUUGAGGGUGAUUCCGACGAUACUUUCGAAAUAUGGUUCUAUAAGGACAUCGAGAAAUUACCAAAGUCGAAUAACACCAUGGAUAUUGGUGAAUUAUUGAAGGGAUUCUUUGAAUACUACGCCCACGGUUUUCAGUGGGGGCGUGAGGUGGUCUCUAUCCGGACAAAGGGAGGGCUGAUGACAAAACAAGAGAAAGGUUGGGUUGCAGCUGUUAUUAAACCGGGGAGAACAGAAAACUCGGGGGUCAAGAAUCGAUACCUUUUUGCUGUAGAGGACCCCUUCGAGACUGAACACAACGUCAGUAGGACUUGUAAUGGCCCUGGAGUUAAUAGGAUCAAGGAGGAAUUCAAGAGAGCGGUUUGGUUGACCAGAGUUAGAGAUGGGGGCAAAACCUUGUUUGAGAAUUUCUGUAUGGAAGCGCCCCCAGAGAGAGUUUGGGUGAGGAGAGAAGAUAGGGAUCGCCGGGGAGCUGAGGAGGCCGGUGAGGAUGGGAAUAAAGAUCACCAGGGAGCUGAAGGUGAAGCCGGAGACGGGGUGAAGCAUGAGUCUGAGAUGCUUUCAGAGGAUGGCCGAAACGCGCCUGAAAGCUUAGUGUAA